AUGUCAUUCAGCGAUCUACGCGCCUCCAGAAAGACAAAAUCCAAAUCCUAUGUAACCGCAGCACCUACAAAGAAAGACACCAAAGAGGCACCUUUGGAGCAAUUGCCAGCUAGCAACGAGCUGUACCGAGACUUGCCACUUUGUACAGAGAUUCGGACCUGUGAUAUCUCAGGGACGGGGCCUAUGGAGCAAAGCGAAUCUCAAAGCAGGUUCUGUUCGCUGUUAAACCUCACGUCGCAGCACUUUCGACAGAAAAGCUGGAUGGCUAUUGCUUCAGCGUGCUUUGGACUUCCACCUCCUUCCGGUCUGAAACGAUGUACCCAGUGUCGUUCAGUGUGGUACUGUGAUUCGACCUGCCAGACUAGUGAUUGGUCUGCCCACAAACAUGAAUGUACAUCUCUUCAGCGUUGGUCUAAAGCAGCACCAUCUGACGACCUUUCGAUACCUAGCGACGCCAUACGAUCCAUGGGUCGCAUCUUGUGGAAGAAACAGAGGAAAGGACUAGAUAGCGUCUGGACUAGAGAGUUAGACUCCAUGCAAUCCCACAGGAAAAAUCUACCGCUUUCUGCCUCAGAAUUGCAUGCCUAUCUUGCCCAUUCACUAGUUCAAUAUUUGAGUCUUUCUUCCCCCGAUGAGUUACAGCAGUUUGGAGUCAAUUCCUCCGGUGACCUUGUGGAUAUGAUAUCACGGUUCACCACCAAUACUUUUACCAUCACAGACGCCGCACUUUGCCCCCUCGGCGCAUCUGUUUCACCUACAAUUGCACUCAUAAACCAUUCCUGCGAUCCGAACGCCGUCAUUGUGUUUCCCCGAGCAUCGGCGAAUCCGCAGAGAGAGGAACCACUCAUGCACGUUGUCGCGCUACGCAAUAUUGCACCCGGCGAAGAGAUCCUGACGGCUUACAUCGAUACAACUUUGCCCCGCUCCCUUCGGCAAGAGAGUCUCAAAGAUACGUACCAUUUUGACUGCAGGUGCCAGCUAUGCGGGUCCCCUCCGGAUGUGGAUCCUCGAGAAUCUAUGUGGUGCCCCAAAGCAUGCGGAGGAAUGUGUCCACUACCAACGGAAGAGAACCCGCUCACCAAAUGCAAUAAAUGCAAAUCGGCUGUUCAGUCGACUGAUGCGGUGUUAGACGCCAUUCGCGUAGGCCAAGAAGCACUUGACAAAGCUACAGCUGUACAAUUCAAAGAUCCAGCAAAGGCAAAACAACUGACGACCAAGCUCAUUCCUAUACUCACUUCUGCGGGUCUCACGCCUUCCUGUCAUCCCCUCCUCGGAUUGACUAUUUUACAUAAAUCCUUCCUCAUAUCAUCCUUUCCAUCACCGUGCACCCAAGAAUACCUUGAUGAUACCAUCCGGGUGGCGACGAAAGCGCUUACAGGAUUGACCAGUAUCCACAGAGAGGGCCAUCCGGUGCUUGGAAUUGCACUCGCCGAGUUGGCUAAGGUACUUGCUGUGGAUGAACCUUCUCCGCGUGAGACCAACGAACCGGGGGUCUACCCUCCGUCUGGUCCACCUCGACUGAAGCUUGCUUAUGAUACGUUCAUGCGUGCGAGGAAUUCACUUAUGAUCGGGUUUGGUAGGGCGAAUGAAGGUGGAGAGAUUGGUCGCCAUGUUCGGGAGGCCAUUGUAUCGUUGGAGAAAGAAAUUGGGGUUUGGAAGCAGGGUGUACGGAACGUUUUGGAGGAUACGCCGAAAUUGAAGUGA